GGUGAUUGGCUGGGCCGGUUGGUUUCCGGUGGGAGCCGCCGUUGCCGUUGCUGCUGUUGCCGAGGCCGCGGCCGGGCCGGGACGGGCGGGGGGCGGUGAGGGCCCGGCGGAGCCGCCCGCGCCAGAGCUGAUCCUGGGAUCAACAUAUCUUGCUGCAUAUUCAUAAACUGUUGCCACUGUCCCUGUGCCAGCAAUGGCAGCUUCUAGCAGCAGCAGCGAGGAGGAACGUAGUCUUCGGGAAUGUGAACUUUACGUCCAAAAACACAACAUCCAGCAACUUCUGAAGGAUUGCAUUGUACAAUUAUGCACAGUGAGACCUGAAAGACCCAUGGGAUUCCUCAGAGAAUACUUUGAAAGAUUGGAGAAGGAGGAAACAAAACAGCUGUUGAAUCAACAGAAGUCUGGUUCACGCUCAGACUCACGGGAGGAUGAAAUCUCUCCUCCUCCUCCUAUGAACCCUGUGGUUAAGGGUCGAAGAAGGCGUGGGGCCAUCAGCGCAGAAGUCUAUACAGAAGAGGAUGCUGCAUCUUAUGUUAGAAAGGUUAUUCCAAAAGAUUAUAAGACUAUGGCUGCUUUGGCAAAAGCUAUUGAGAAGAAUGUGCUGUUUGCCCAUCUUGAUGAUAAUGAAAGAAGCGACAUCUUUGAUGCAAUGUUCCCCGUCACCUACAUUGCAGGAGAGACUGUCAUACAGCAAGGUGAUGAAGGUGAUAACUUCUAUGUCGUUGAUCAAGGAGAAAUGGAUGUUUAUGUGAACAACGAGUGGGCUACCAGCGUUGGUGAGGGUGGAAGCUUUGGAGAACUUGCCCUUAUAUAUGGAACUCCCCGUGCCGCAACUGUCAAAGCGAAGACGAAUGUGAAGUUGUGGGGCAUCGACAGAGAUAGCUAUAGAAGGAUCCUGAUGGGGAGUACUUUGAGAAAGAGAAAGAUGUAUGAAGAAUUCCUUAGUAAAGUAUCUAUAUUGGAAUCUCUGGACAAGUGGGAGCGUCUCACUGUAGCUGAUGCAUUGGAACCAGUACAGUUUGAAGAUGGGCAAAAGAUUGUGGUCCAGGGAGAGCCAGGAGAUGAGUUCUUCAUUAUCUUGGAGGGCACAGCUGCAGUGUUACAGCGCCGAUCAGAAAAUGAAGAAUUUGUUGAAGUGGGCAGGCUGGCACCUUCUGAUUAUUUUGGUGAAAUAGCUCUGCUGAUGAACCGUCCCCGUGCUGCCACAGUUGUUGCUCGUGGCCUGUUGAAAUGUGUAAAGCUUGAUCGACCCCGAUUUGAACGUGUCCUGGGUCCGUGCUCGGAUAUUCUCAAGCGAAACAUCCAGCAGUACAACAGUUUUGUAUCGCUGUCUGUCUGAAACCUUCCUCCCUAUCCAAAACAUGCUUCAUGAAUGCAGACUGCUUUGUUACCCUUGUGCAGAGCCACAUUGCCACUGGCAUUUGCAGCUUCCUGUCGGUUUAAAAAAAAAAAAAAUAAAAAAAAUUGCUUCUCAUGGCACUAUUUUUAAUUUAGAGCAUAUUAGUUUUGUGCUCUCUGUCCCAUUAAGUUUAUAGAAAAAGUUCUAUGGAGACGUUUGCUGUUACAGCUUCUCUCUGUGCAACAGUGUCCAACUCAGGCAAACGCAGCCUUGCUUCAGGGAGGGAGAGAUCUCCUCGCACCAUGCCAAUUGCCAUAAAGUACGGAGGUGACAGUAGAGAGAGGGGGGAAUUUUUUUUUUUUUGUUUCUCACAUUGUUGGACAGAUUUUAAGGCUGUGGGUCAUAAUCUGCUGUAUUUCUUUUCAAAUGAGAGCUGCCCUUGUAAUUGAGCUUCUUGGGGCUUGGAGUUUUCUUUUUUUUUUUUAAUUUUCUGGGUACUGUAAUCCUGGGUUCAAUUGUGAGGCAUCAGCUGCUAAGAAAGCCACAGUAGGAAUUUAACAGUAUAAUUGUUCCUGUGUCUGCUGGUUUAAGGUUGCUUAGUUAUGUUUUUGUCAAGUGUAAAUCAAAGCUUUCAAGGUUAAUAGUUCUGGUGAACUACUGCAGUUGUUACUUAAUUUGCUGACUUGCCGCAACUGAUUUUUUUCUUUCUUGUUCUUUCUUUGAUAGAUAUGCCAUCUAAAACUCUUCCUGUUCAAAGUGGGAAGAACCAAAUGUUACACUAAAUGCCUAAUGUUGGUCUCUAGUACGUAGAUUGGUGUAAGAAUGGUGCAGCUGUCCAGCUGUUAGUAAUGUUCAAGUCCUUAGAUUGAUGUAGAAAUCGGAAGCAAACAUUUUAUUUCCCCUGUGACUCUUGCUUGCUUUGUGCUCCUCAGUUGAUUUUUUUUUUUUAAAAAAAAAAAAAACAAAACCCUCUCAUCAGUUCAGGUGACCCUUUGUUACCAGAGAAAAUAAACAUUGAGUAUUUAUGGCCAGCGUCAGUUGCAGGUGGCAGGAUUGCUGGUCUGUAGAGAUGCCGUUAUUCUUGGUGGAGAAUGUGAGGCAGAAAAAGUGAAUGUUUUGACUUUCCUGCAACACUCAGUUAUUUUAAGUUUUUUUCAAUCGGUUAAUUCAUAAUUUUAAAAAUGCUUCAUUAUAAAGCUAGUUUAAAUACAAAAGGUGCAUUCUCUUUCCUUGCUUAUGGAAUUUACAUGACACGUAUUUCGUAUUCACUCUUUUUUCCAAGUUCGAUACGUUGCGGAGUCUUAAAUGUAUUUCAGUAUUUACCAGCUUUGUGUUCCAUUAUUCUGUGCGCACCAAUACUUCCCAAAAGUUUUUACUGAAUUCCACGGUUCAAUAAUAGUAGGCAAUUUUUAAGGUUUCCUUUAAACUGUAAUUUAUAUAAAGUAGCGUAGGUUUGUAUUUGGGAGUGACAGCAAGCAGUUCUGCAUUUGUUGUGCAACUACUUCUAACGAUGGAGCCCCCCUCAUUUUCUUUCCUUUCUGAGGUGAUAUGGAUUCAAAUUCGACACUUUCUCCCAGGCAUGUAGAUAAUCUGAAAGCGUCUGCUAAUUGAUGCAACACAAUACUGAGGGUAUCAAGCCUUU